CACAUUCUUAGGAUCUCUUUUUCCGGUUUUAAGCAUGUCAAUAAUUAAUUUAUACGUCAAAAGUUUGUGUUGUUGAUCUCUCUAUUCUCUCUAUUGUAUGUUAAAUAAAAGCUAUAUUCAAAUACCAAACCCGAACCAGUUCAGUAAUUAUAAUAAUUUUAAGGAAGUAGCGCAACCAAUGUUUACUGAACUUAUUAGAUACUAAAGUUGCAGUACGGUUCCUUGUAUAAUUAAUUAUUGAUAAAGUUCAAAGUGUUUUCAUCAAAUUAGAGAUAUUAACCUAAAACAAGAGAUAUGAAUAAUGCUGAUUUACCAGAUGAUAGUGAUUCUAGUGAUGAAGACUAUGUACCCAAUGAAAAAGUAGAUGACUUACCAUCAGAAAUUGACGAGGAUGAUUCAAUAUCCGAAUCCGAAGAAACUUCCGGAAAAUCUUCUAGAAAGAAAAAGAAAAGCCGUAAGAAAAUUGGAAAGGAAAAAAUAGAAAAUAAAAAUGAAGAUAUAGAGGAAACCAAAUCUGAAGAAACAAAAGCAAAUGUUGAUGAUCUAUGGGCAGAUUUUGUUAAAGAUACAGGUUUUAAAACAAAAGGCAAUAUUAAAUCAACUCAACCUACAUCUUCAAAACCUAAGGAAAAUGUUAGCAAAUCAAGUAGUUCUUCCCAAUCGUCCAGUACAGAAUCAAAGCCUGCUAAUAAAGUUAAAGUUACACAAAUUUUUGAAUUUGCUGGUGAAGAAGUUAAGGUUGAGAAAGAAGUUAGUGCAGAUUCAGCCGAAGCUCGUUUAUUAGGAGCACAUACGGAACAAAGUUUUUCUAGUGGUAAAAGUAAAAGAUCUGCUGGACUGACUGGCAUAGGUAAUGUUCUGAGCCAACUCACUAAAAAACCGAAAAUUAGUACAUUAGAAAAAACCAAAUUGGAUUGGGAUAGCUAUAAAAGAGAACAGAAUAUUGAAGAAGAAUUACAGACUUUUAAUAAAGGAAAAGAUGGAUAUUUGGAGCGACAAGACUUUCUACAAAGAACAGACGUUAGACGAUUUGAAAUUGAAAGGGACAUCCGCGAAGUUGAAAGGAAUAAACGAUUUAAUAGCGCACUAUAAGCAACUUAGCGCGCCAUUAUGAAGUUAACUUGCAAGAAGCGGGUUUGUGAAAGAGAGGCAGUUUAUUUUGUAUGCAUGCAACUUUAAAUUUUUUUUUAUAUCGUGAUUUGAAUAAUUUGUAUUAUAAACUACUUUAUGUAUGAUACUGUAUUCUAGUUAGGUACUAGUUUACAAAACAUUUCUGAAAAUAAAGUGCCAAUACUUCAGAAAGGUAAUAAAUAA